AUGUUGGACUUAGUGAAAAGGAUCAGUGCAACAGGUGGACCGACUUGUACGGGUCGCGCGAACGUGAGUUUGAGAAAAAAAGAAAAAAAUUACAAACGCAUCAGCGUUUUGGUGCGACCCCGUAGUUUGCUGUGCAACAGAAACAUCGAAGAUUUGUACAGCAAUAGCGCCCAAAGGCAGAGCAACACAUGGAAGUUCCACAGACCGAAAUCUGUCAGUGAUGUAUCUUCGGCACCCUCCCUAAGUCAGGGCUCACCCGUGAGGUGUGCCCCCACCAGAAACAACAUGGAGAGUCCGAAAAAGUCACCGCAGAGUAGUCCUGCCACCGGUGACAGAUCCACUGUCAAGGUUCACUUUCCGAAUGGCGGCUUCAAUGUAGUCAAAUAUGGGGAUGCCGUAGAGAUAAAGGCCAUCAUUCAGACUGUGACAGACAGGCUGUCAACCGGAGAGAGGUACUACAAUGGACUCUACGCAAUGCGAUUGUCGAGGCUCCAUUCCAGCGAGGUGCACUGGUUACAUCAAGAUACGACGAUGCAGCAAGUCAAUGAAAAAUACCUGAAAAAGCACCCGAACUCAGAAUGGCGAUACGACCUUAGAAUAAGAUACCUACCCACUAGUCUGAAAGAGCUUUACGAAAAAGAUGUAGUUACCUUCCAUUAUUAUUAUGACCAAGUCAAAACGGAUUACCAUACCGAGCUGCACAAGAAGAUCGACCAGGAGGUGGCGUUGCAGCUGUGCUGCCUGGAAAUCCGCAAGUAUUUCAAGGAUAUCUCUCAGAAUGUCCUUGACAAGAAGUCGAAUUUUGAGUACCUGGAGCGAGAAAUAGGCAUGCAAAAAUUCAUACCGGCCAGUUUCCUGGAAAAAGUCAAGUCGAAGUCGUUGAGGAAGUGCUUGCAGGCGCACUUCAAGAAGAUCGCCCACAUCUCGGACGUGGACAGCAUGUUCAAGUACCUCGAGCUGUUGAAGUACCACACCAACUUGGACCAGGAGCGGUUCCGCGUCGACUUCGGCAGCAGCUUCACCGUGCCUGUCGAGCUAGUCAUCGGACCCGAUAUCGGCAUCUCGCACACCAUCGUUCAGGCCAGUGCCACCAAGAAGAUAGCCGACUUCGAUCAGGUCCAGGCCGUCCAAACUCUAGUCAGCGAUUGCGAGAAGCACGCGAAGGCAACUCUGCAGCUCAAGGUCGCAGGCACUCAGGAGGUCCUCUUCUUCACGUGCCCCAGCCUGGAUGCGGCCGAGAGUCUCGCCGAUCUCAUCGACGGCUAUUGCCGAUUGCAUUCCAAUUCUCAGGCGUCCAUAUGGAACAGAAAAGAAUCCAACUCUGUCAAACAGAGUCGGUCCAGCAAAGAGUGCUAUUCGAAUCCGACUGGCACUAUGUUAUCAGAAGAUUAUGCAGAAAUAGUAGAAGAAGGAGAUUAUUCAGUUCCUUCAGCUAGAAACUAUGAGGUGAUUCGGAGUCAAAUCGAACUGCACGAAAUACUCGGAGAAGGUCAGUUCGGUGACGUUCACAAAGGAACGGUCAAGGUCAAAGAUGGCGUGCAAAUCCCAGUGGCUGUGAAAACUUGUAAGGGAGACGCUGACGCCGCUACUACGGAAAAGUUCCUCGAAGAAGCUUAUAUAAUGCAAAAGUUCGACCACCAGCACAUCAUCAAGCUGAUCGGCGUGUGCUCCGAAUCCCCGGUGUGGAUCGUGAUGGAGCUAGCGAAACUCGGCGAACUCCGUUCCUACCUGCAAACGAACAAGGCGCGCCUCGAUUUGGCAACGCUGCUGCUGUACGCCUACCAGCUGUCGACGGCGCUCAGCUACCUCGAGUCGAAGAAGUACGUGCACAGGGACAUUGCGGCGAGGAAUGUGCUGGUGUCGUCGGAUAAGUGUGUCAAGUUGGCCGAUUUCGGGCUGUCGAGAUGGAUGGGCGACGACCAAAGCUACUACAAAGCCUCGAAGAUGAAGUUACCGAUCAAGUGGAUGAGUCCAGAGAGCAUUAAUUUCAGGAGGUUCACGACUGCUAGCGACGUCUGGAUGUUCGGCGUGUGCAUCUGGGAGAUCCUCAUGUACGGCAUCAAACCGUUCCUCGGCGUGAAAAACAACGACGUCAUCGGCAAAAUCGAGAACGGCGAACGGCUCGCUUUGCCGCCCCACUGCCCCCCGCGCCUCUACUCGCUCAUGUCGCAGUGCUGGUCGUACGAGCCGAGCAAAAGGCCCAGCUUCAAGGACGUCAAAGAGAUCCUGCAGGAGAUCCUGCUGGAGGAGCGGAGCGCGCAGCAGGAUACGCUGCGCAGGGAGAACAGGAAGAUGGCGGCGAUGUCGUGGGGGUGCGACGAUGAUUUCGUUCCGCCGCCAAAGCCGAGUCGGUAUCCCAUGCAAGCUGCCGACUCCUCAUCGUACGCCCUAUCAGAACCAGCUCCGGUCUCGCAAACCUACAUCGUAGCCCAGAACCACGAGGUCCUGGCCCACCUGCUGAAAGAGAACGAGUGCAGGGGCUUCAACCCGGCAGCCUACAACACCCCCGCCUCGGUAUUUAACACGCCCAUGUCAUCGAUAUAUGGAGACCAGCUCAUGUUGGAAAGCAUCCGUUACGAUCCAUCGCCCAAUCCUUCAAAUUUUAACAGUAUGUUGAGGCAGAAACUCAGACAACAACUGCAGGAGUCCGAAGAAGACUCCAAAUGGCUAGCAGAGUCAGAAACUCAAUUGAAGAGGUUGAGCACGAUCCAACACCCUGACGACCUUCCCUCGGACUUAUCAACCAGCACCCCCACCCCUCCGUCCCCUCAAACGAGCAGCCCCAGCUACAUCAACCCCGCGCCCUACCAGACGUCAUCGGCCCCCCUGACCUCUUCAGGUGGGCCCCUGACGUCAUCGGGCGGGCCCCUUACGUCGUCGGGCGGGCCCCUGACGUCAUCGGGUGGGCCGGUGACGUCAUCGUCGGCGGGUAGCAGCAACUGUCAGUCGCCGGCCGGCUCGCUGACCAAUACGAUGACGUUGAGUGGCAGAAACGAGGCCAGCGAUACGUCGCAAAGCGGAUCUGUGAUAAGCGAGACGGAGAAAAAGGAGCCAGGCCAGAAUCCCACGGCCAACCUGGACCGCACGCACGACCGCGUCUACGAGACCACCACGGACGUGGUGCGAGCCGUCAUGUCGCUCUCGCAAGGCGUCCAGCAGGCCGACGCCGACCGCUACCUCGAUCUGGUCAAGCGCGUCGGUCUGGAGCUGCGCAGCCUGCUGGCCAGCGUCGACGAGAUCGUCGGCGCCUUUCCGAACGCGGCGCAGCGCGAGGUGGAGAUGGCGCACAAGGUGCUGAGCAAGGAUAUGGCGGAGCUGGUGAAUGCGAUGAAGUUGGCGCAGCACUACGGCAGCACUACGCUGGAUGCGGAAUACAGAAAAGGCAUGCUGGGCGCCGCCCACAUCCUCGCCAUGGACUCGAAGAACCUGCUCGACGUCGUCGACUCCAUCCGGAUCAGGCACCCGCACAUCGACGAGCAGAUAUUCAAGGCGACAGACGCCGACGGGCAGGAACGAGGGGCGGCCGCAGCUGCCCCCCAUCAGCCACCCCCGUCGCCCGUGCCUGUCGGCUGCGCCAUCGUGCAGACGCAGUCAUACGUCGACGAGGUGCGGGCGGCCGUCUCGUCGGAUGUGAGUGCGAACGGUGUGGCGGGCAGCUAGGUCGGGCAAGUGUUGGGCAAGUUGUCCGGGUAUUGAUGAACUCGAUCAUUGUCGAUCGAAAUGAAAAGGCGAGCAGAGGGGAAGGUAUGAUAUUGUAUGCUCAUUCAAAAAAGGAUAUUUGA